CAUUCAGUCGACAGUCAGAUUGUGUUCGAACGUGCUACCGUUAAAACAGCUAGGAGAAAAAUAGAGAAUAAAGUGAACGCUUUGGAAAGUGAAAAGUGAUUAAUUCUUUCGAUUCAAAAUGACUGUUAAUAUUUUCGGCGUAGUUAAAAAUAUCUGGACCAGCAAUGGAAAAAUUAAAUUUCUGUUUGUUGCUUUGGGCAUUUUGGUGUCAUUUGUGUACGUUGGUGUAUUCCAAGAAACGAUUAUGAGAGGUUGUUAUGGUGGUGAAGAGAACGACAAAAAUUGUGAAACGGGAGAAAAAUUCAAAUUCGCUGUUACACUCGUCUUCAUAAAGAGUUUCUGUGGCUUAGUGUUUAUUCAAGUUUUAAAUUGGAUACGACCUGAGAAGAAUAAAGACACAACCCACUGGUUGUACUAUGCCAGUACAGCAGUGGCAAAUUCGUUGUCCAUGGUCAGUUCGAAUAUGGCACUUCGAUGGUGCAGCUAUCCAAUGCAGGUCAUAUUCAAAUCGGCCAAGCCGCUGUCCGUGAUGGUGUUGGGCUUGAUGUUCUGUAAAAAAUACACCAUCCAGCGAUACUUCUUCGUAUUGAUCAUUGUGACGGGUGUGAUUGUAUUCAAGUUCUUUGAGGCAAAAGAGCCGAAAGCAGAACAAGUCGAAAAACGAAGCGUCGACAGCGAAAGUGACGGUGAAUAUACGGCGACUAUGAUUCAAAUAUUGGGAACCGGUUUGUUGUGCUUCAGUUUGACCAUGGACGGUGUGCUUGGUGCUAUCCAAGAUAAAAUGCGAGCCGUUUCGCGUCCAACAUUCCGACAAUUGAUGUUUAACAUGUGUCUUUGGGUCUGUGGAAUCCUUUUGGUUUCUAUUUUAGUAACUCGUGAAUUUUUGGAAGUCAUCCCAUUCAUUGGUCGUCAUCCGAAAGUCAUUUGGCACUUGGUCACAUUGGGUCUUGCUGAUGCCGUUGGCAAUAUGUUCAUUUUCACGAUGAUCUCAUGUUUCGGCGCCUUGGCCUGUUCAGUUACUGGAACCGUUCGGAAAUUCUUCUCCGUCAUAUUCUCAAUAAUUUUCUUUGGAAAUCCAUCGACGCCGUUGCAAUGGAUCGGUGCCGCUUUGGUAUUCUCAGGUUUACUUGCUGAUGCCGCCUUUGGCAAGAAAAAGAGAAAGGUCGCGAAAGGAGAAACAGCUGAUGCAGACGUUGAAAAAGCUGAAAACAACGACAAAGUAGAAGAAGCUGAUAUCAAAAAAGACAAUCACACAAUUCAAGAAAUUAGCAAAAAUUAAACGUACUUCAUAAUCUUCUAAUACUUUAUAUUUAUUCUAUAAAUAUAUAUUUUUAUUAUUCAUAAGCUGAAAAAAUGGACGAAAAAUGAAAAAAAAGUUAAUAAUAAAAUGAAAUAUUUAGAAU